AGGGGUACCAUCUCCGCAACGCCUCAUUUCCCGAGUGUCAUUGAACCACCGUGUGCUCUCCUUUACAUCCGCGGUUCCGACUUGACGAUAAACGCCGUUACGACUAUUGCUUGCCACUGUUCACAGCGUCGUGCCUGCCAACACUACCUACGGACGACGGACUCGAGCAAUCGCACCCCGCCCAAGCACAUCCAGCCAAGCCACACGACCACGCAUCAUGAGGUAGCAGCACGCAUGGAGAACGUGAUACUCGACGACUCGCCGCUGGCAGAGUUUCUAGAAGGCGAAGGAAGACGUCUCGACUCAACACCGCCAUCACCCGCUACAUCGUCGUCGCCAGACACCGACGGCUUCGCGCCACGAGGACCCUCCACACUCCAGUCGAGAAUACGAGACAGGCUCCCACAACCACUACGGAUACAUGAGAGGCAUGGCUCCAUCGCUCGCAUACACACCGCAUGUUCGAAAGCGGUCAACUCGCGGCUCGGACGCGCCGACAACGAGCGGUUUCUAGAACGCUUUCGCUACAUUAUUGUCGCCUCUCAGCUCUUGGGAGAACAGGGAGGCUUGCGGGCCACUGCUGUUCCUAGCUUCGCUGCCGACGGACGACCCUGCCCGCAAGAUGUCAAGAUUUCCACCAUAAGCCCUGUUGGCGCGGCUCUGACUGGCGCAACUGCUUUCAUACUUGUAUGGCUUGUCCAUUGGUCGCGACGCCAGGGCGGCUUCAGCAAGAGGAGGACACUGCUCGUGAUCGUGGUGUUCGCCGUGGUUGCCACCGCUGUCUACGCGCACAUGCGCCGGCAGUGGCUACAAUAUCUGAGACAAGAGGGAGUAAAGGGCGCAUCUGCACUCGUCACCAACCUGCAGUCAUUCGAGGCCUCGACGUCAUCAGCCCUGGCAUUGAUACAAGAAGUGGAGCUCGUCUCAAGGGGUUACCGACUCAGUAGCCCUUUGCCUCCCAUAUCACGCAUCGAAGAAAAAGGACAGGCUCGCCGCUGCCAGCGCCUACGCCGGAGUCUCCGAGCCGCCUUUGCCGACAUCAUCCCGAUCCUCGCGGAACAGUGUGGAACUCUCAAGCAACUCAUUCUAGAAGAUGACCUCGAAAAGUACCUCGAUGUCUACGAAAUUAGCAACCCUGAUUUGCAGGAGGCGGCUCAAGGCUGCUCCGCAUCGGAAUUCGAGGAUGCCGAGUCGCUUAAGGCUCUCAGAACCCUCCAGUAUCGCCUGUCGACCCUUCGCCGCGUUUACCUAUGCUCCCUCUUGGCUCUUGAAGCUGAUGGUGGAAAACCAGACUUUACGCGAUGGUCGAUAACAGUGGACUCCAUGUUGAGUUUGGCUCGUCCUAUUGGGCAAUGGAGUGAGAAGUUCAAUCGCGUCCUAGCAGAGGAGGAGCAGUUCAUCUUCCCAUCCCCAAACAAGGUUUCGCAUACGCCAGGACGUGAGAAAUUGCGCAAUUCUGUUCGAAAACUGUCCGGUUUGUCGCAAGGCAUUCGUGGCCUACAAGCCAAGAUGCAGGUGCUCCGAGAAGAGACGAACAAGAGCUUAGAGGAUACAGAAGAUGUCACUGAGCUUGGGACUCAUCUCAUAUCCCAAUACGAAUCCAUCGGAGCAGAUCUAAAGAGUCUCAUGCAAGCCUGGGAAACCGGUAAAAACGCGCUUGCACUCAACAUCGAUCGACACGAACGACGCAUUUCCCAAGCAUCGAGUGGCCUGCGUUCACCAGUCCCAAGCCUAGGUGGGCUGACUGCUGUAGACGAAGGCAGUCCGUCUGAUGCCCUUCGUGCCUUGAAUGGGGAUUUACUAAGCUCUGAGCAGAGCGCUCCUCCGAGUGACCAAGGUAGCACUUCUGACGAUGAAGUUUUCGAAGCCAUUGCGAUACCGAAAACCCGUGUUACUAUGUCGAGAGAAGAACGAAUGCACAAGAUACAAGAAGACCGCGCACGACAAGCGUCGCUACGCGAGCAACGGGAAGCUAGUACCAACAUGCUUAGGGAGCUGGAAUCGGUGAUUAACUUGAGGCCAAACAGGAUCUCGGGGCCCGGGUCCAGAGUAACGAGCCUUUAACUCAAUUUUUCCUUGUGUUUUUCCUUUCUGGGUCUGUUUGGGCUAAUGAUCGCAUACUAGCAUCGCUCUUUGUUAUUUUUAUUAUCUUUUGGGCAUCAUCCGCUGGGCAGGAUGGGAUUUGAUCUUGGGCAUCUACGUAUACCACUGACGCGAUCGCAUAAUGUUUUUCUCUCUCUUAACAUUGGGAGUUUGGAGGUUGGAUGUCUCAUAUGCAUACACUGCUUUGGUCAAUCUCGUGCGGAGUAAUCAAUCAAGACACGCUUAGUCACAGAGCUAUAGAGCUCGCGUUAUUUUAUUAAUGAUAUCUUAUGACAAGACGCAGUUCGCGUACGCGCAAAAAUCGCCGUCUCGCGACUCGCCGUGUCACUUUCUGGGCAGCUAGAAAGCUC